AUCCCAUACAUACACUAUAUUGCCAAAUGUAUUGGGAUAGGCCCAAACCUGGAUGGAUGGGUUAAUGUGUUCCAAUCACCUCCAUGGCCACAAGUGUAUAAAAUCAAGCACCUAGGCAUGCAGACUGCUUCUACAAACAUUUGUGAAAGAAUGGGUUGCUCUCAGGAGCUCAGUGAAUUCAAUCGUAGUACCGUGAUAGGUUGCCACCUGUGCAAUAAGUCCAUCCAUGACAUUUUGUUGCUACUAAAAAUUCCACGGUCAACUGUUAGAGGUAUUAUAACAAAGUGGAAGCAACUGGGAACAACAGCAACUCAGCCACAAAGUGGUAGGCCACAUAAAAUGACAGAGCUGGAUCAGCUAAUGCUGAAGCGCAUAGUGUGCAGAAGUCGCCAACUGUCUGCAGAGUCAAUAGCUAAAGAUCUCCUUCAUGUGGCCUUCAGAUUAGCACAACAACAGUGUGUAGAGAGCUUCAUGGAACGGGUUUCCAUGGCUGAGCAGCUGCAUCCAAGCCUUAUAUCACCAAGUGCAAUGCAAAGCGUCAGAUGCCGUGGUAUAAACCACGUUGCCACUGGACUCCAG